AUGGUAAGCGCAAGCGCAAUGCGUGUUGUGCAACCCACAAUCCUCUCUACUUUUGUGGGUAACCGCUUGCUUCAGUCAGCGCAGCCUCUUCACCAACUCUUCAGCUACAACCCAGGAAGCAAGCAUGUUUCAAUGCAGUUAUCCAAAAGAUUUUCUGGCUUGACCAACCUCUUGUUCAAUGGAAGAAAUGCAGAUAAAGUUCUAAACACCAAGCGCAAACGUCUAAGGCCUGGAAAAAUUUCACCUCAUCGCCCUGUUCCAGAUCAUAUACCAAAGCCUCCUUAUGUCAAAUCUAAAAAACCUCCUGGAAUUGCGAGUGGACCUGAAGUGCAUGAUGAGAAGGGGAUAGAAUGCAUGAGAGCCUCCGGAAGGCUUGCAGCACAGGUUCUAGAAUUUGCUGGGACUUUGGUCAAGCCAGGCAUAAAGACAGAUGAAAUUGACCAAGCUGUUCACCAAAUGAUAAUUGAUAAUGGUGCCUACCCGUCACCUCUUGGCUAUGGUGGUUUUCCAAAGAGUGUCUGCACAUCAGUGAACGAAUGUAUUUGCCAUGGAAUACCAGAUUCCCGAGCACUUGAGGAUGGUGAUAUAAUUAACAUUGAUGUUACGGUCUAUUUAAAUGGAUAUCAUGGUGAUACAUCAGCAACUUUCUUUUGUGGAGAUGUUGAUGAUGAGGGCAGAAAGUUAGUUCAGGUAACUAAAGAAUGCCUCGACAAGGCAAUCUCAAUAUGUGCCCCUGGCGUGGAGCUUAAGAAAAUUGGAAAAACAAUCCAGGAGCAUGCAGAUAAAUAUCGUUAUGGUGUUGUUCGACAGUUCGUUGGGCAUGGGGUUGGACGUGUCUUUCAUGCCGAUCCAGUUGUUCUACACUUCAGGAACAAUGAAACCGGCCGCAUGGUGGUAAACCAAACCUUCACAAUAGAACCGAUGCUGACACUAGGCAGCUUUAAUCCCGUAAUGUGGGACGAUAAUUGGACAGUAGUCACGGAAGAUGGAAGCUUGUCAGCACAGUUUGAACAUACCAUUUUAAUAACCGAAGACGGGGCUGAGAUACUAACUCGGUAUUGUAAGGAUAAAGGUAGGGAAGGUAGGGAAGAGUUCACAACUGUUCUUCAUGGAACUGGAUGGAGAAGAAGCCUGAAUUGCAGAUUACUUCGACGUGAUCGCGGAACAAGCACAGGAGGCCUAAUAACGGCCAUGUUGACAGCACCUGACCAAAACAGACGACCUCUCUAUGAGGCCGAAGAUAUUGUUCCAUUCUAUCUCAACCAUUGCCCCAAAAUAUUCCCUCAAUCCAGUGGACCACUUAUGAGAAUGAGAGCCUUAAGGGAACCAAAAUAUGAUGGCAAGUAUCUCAGAAAGUUGGUUCGCAAAAUACUUGGAACUCGAAGACUGCAUGAAACUGUAACUCGAAUUGUGGUGCCUACAUUUGACAUCAAAUUGCUACAACCCCAUGUCUUCUCAACCUUCGAGGCAGAGAUGGAUGUUUCUGAGGAUGCAUUGCUAUCAGAUGUUUGCAUCGGUACUUCGUCUGCUCCAACUUAUCUCCCAGCUCAUCAUUUCAAAACUAAAGAUUCAGGAGGAAAUGAAAGGGAAUUCCACCUUGUUGAUGGUGGGGUGGCAGCAAACAAUCCUGCAUUGCUGGCAAUGAAGCCAACAGGGAAAGUGUUCCCAGGCAGUCCAGAUGAUCUGGCCUCACCACAAAGUCUACAAUAUGAGAAAUACCUUAUGCUCUCACUGGGCACAGGGACUUCAAAGAUGGAGGAAAAACACAACGCAAAAAUGGCAGCAAAGUGGGGGAUUUUGGGCUGGCUUUACAAGGAUGGCCAUUGCCCUUUAGUUGAUGCCUUCACAUUUGCUAGCGGAGACAUGGUCGACCUUCACAUGUCCUUGAUUUUCAGGUCCGUCAAAUGCGAGCACAACUACCUUCGCAUUCAGGAUGACACAUUAAGUGGGAACACAUCAUCGACAGACAAGGCAACAGAGGAGAAAAUGAGGGAGCUAAUAAAGACUGGUGAGAGUCUGUUGCAGAAGCCUGCUUCAAGGACGAAUCUUGAUACAGGGAUAUUUGAACCAGCUCACAAUGGAGCCACCAAUCAAGAAGCCCUCACUAGAUUUGCUAAAAAACUAUCGGAUGAGAGAAAACUGCGAAAGGAACGAUUACAUCAGUGGACCUCCAUUUGA